AUGUCGCUCCAGCAGACGGCGUACAGCGCAUGCUCACGCAAGGUGCACUGCGUGAGUAAACGUUACCUAGAAGAUCCAUUUGUCCACUUCUUUGCCAAGGACGCGACGAUGAUCAAUAGUCCUUUGAUGAACCGUGGAACGUGGCUCCGAACCGUUGCAAUAGAACAUGCAGUGCUGUCAUUUGCCGAGAAUCGGUCGGUGGAUGGUCCGCUGCAGGUGAUCAGCUUUGGCGCAGGCGUUGACACGUUGUACUUUCGUUUGAAGAAAGAUCACACGGAAGUUGAUAUCGGGCGGUACAUUGAACUUGACCUUCCGGACUUGGUGGCAGAAAAACGGGGCAUCAUAGAGCGAGUCGGAGAAAUGAAACAACUGGUUGGUCCUGAGUAUGAGUUAGUGUCAUGCGACCUCCGGAAAAUUGAUGAGUUGCGUGAAAUACUGAAAAAGUAUGCACGUAACGAUAUACCUACGAUAUUGUUGGCAGAAAUGGUGUUUGUCUACCUGGAAGAACGUACUACCACAGCUAUUCUUGAGCUGACGCUUAGUAAGCUACUCAAUAAAGAUGUAUGUGUGCUAUUUAUAUCAUAUGAUGCUAUUUGUCCCAAUGACCGUUUUGGGGAAGUGAUGGUGAGUUCCCUCGCUUCGAUGGGAGUUCCGCUUCUUGGCAUCAAGGCAUUACCCACGCCUGAGGCACACGCCGAGCGAUGCAAAAAAGUGGGACUAACGAACGUCAUGGCAAAAUCCAUGAAGCAACUGUAUCUUUCUGUCCCACAGGAAAAACAGCAGUGGCUGAAAAAACUUGAAAUGGUGGAUGAUUGGGAUGAGUGGUGUAUUAUGCAUGAUCACUACAGCUUUGUCCUCGCAACAAACAAGGCGGAGGCUUUGCCUACAAUUUUCUAA